AUGGCUCAACAACGCUUGCCAGCAAAGUCCGGCAUAGCUGUCCCCCUUGUAAAAGGACAGUUAAUCCAAGUCAUUAAUACACAUGGCAAGCAAGUGGUGGACACCUGGGCCUUUGACUCGCAGGAUCCAAGCUCACAUCUCUCCAUGGAGCACACUCGCGCUUCUCUGCUGAAAAUCUCCAUUGCAGUCGGCGAUACCCUCGUCACUAACCGUCGGACUCCAAUUCUGACGGUGGUGGAAGAUACAAGUCCUGGGGUGCAUGAUUUAUUAAUCGCUGCUUGUGAUAGUCAUCGUUAUGCGCAACUCGGGGUGAAAGGGUAUCAUAAUAGUUGUGUCGACAAUCUUCACAAUGCGCUCAAAGCCGUUGGAACUCGCAUCAGCUCAGUCCCGUCCCCUCUGAAUUUGUUCAUGAACGUCCCCGUGGCUAGCGACGGUUCAUUAUCCUUUGCUGAUCCAUUAUGCGAAGCUGGACAGUCCUGCACUCUACGCGCAGAAACAGACUUGAUUCUAGUGAUGUCCGCUUGCCCGCAGGAUGUGACCCCUGUCAAUGGUGGCAAAUGCGCCGAUAUUCACUUCGUCGUCACUUAA